AUGCCGGUUGACGCAGUAGACGCUGGCGACAGCAACGACGGCUUCACGAGGCUGCACAUCACGCCCUUCGACCCCGACCUGCUCAACAUCGUCGUCCCGGCGUCGAUCCGCCCCUCCGCGCGCAACGUCUCCUACCACACCGUCGAGACCUUCCCCGAGAGGCGCUUCGGGUUCGUCGAUCUGCCCGCGGCCGAUGCGGAGAAGCUCAAGAACAAGCUGAACGGCUCGGUCCUCAAGGGCACCAAGAUGCGGAUCCAGGAGGCGGUCCCCGAGGUGCGGAUAGAGCCCGGCGGCUUCGACCCCGAGGCGAAGAAAAAGAAGAAGGACAAGAAGAGCAAGGAAAGGUCGGAGGAUAAAGCCGAGGGGAGCUCCAAGAAGCGCAAGCGGGACGACAAUGUGGUCCGUGGCGUCCUUCUGACGGACCGGAAGGUGCAGCGCGGGUGGACAGAAGCGCCGGAUUACAAGCAGAAGAAGCAGAAGAGAAAGGAGAAAGGGGACAAGGACAAGGUGAAGGAGAAGAAAACGCGGACUAAGUCCAAAUAUACUGAGAGGGAGGAAUGCCUGCUCAAAACAACAGUCCCGCCCGAUGCGAUGAAGAACCUCCCCGAAGACGCAGUACAGGACAAGAGGAGAAAGAAGAAGAAGGGUGGCGAUCGGGAGUUUACCGUGCACGAGUUUGAGAAGACGACCAAAUUCCCCAGUUUUCUGAAGACAUCCAAUUCGGCAGAGUCGCGGAAAGCUGCUACAGAGUUCGUCGAGGGCAAGGGAUGGGUGGACGAGGAUGGGGACGUCGUCGAGGCUGCGAAGGCUACCAAACCAGCGCCCAAGGCGCCGAAGAAGGCUCCCGCCAAGCCCAAGGAAGAGCCUAUCGAGGAUAGCGACGAUGAGACAAGUAGCAGUGGCACCUCUUCAGAUGACACAUCCGACGACGAUUCUGAAGAGGAAGAGGAGACCAAGAAGGAAGACGUCGAUAUGUCCGAGGACGCCAAGCUCGGGGGUAGCGAGGCUGAAGCUGAGCCAGCGCCUCAAUUCACUACACCGAAAUCUGCUUCCACGGCCAACCGCCCAACAUCCUCGGGGUCGGUGGGGAGCCUCAAGUUACAAAUUCCUGCUACCAAGACGCCCCCUCAAGAAGUACAUCCUCUUGAAGCUCUGUACAAGAAGAAGAAGCCGGAGGACGAUACUUCCGGAACUCCAGCCCAAGCGUCAGAGCCAUUUACUUUCUUCGGUGACAAUGAUGAAGAAGAGGAUGAAGACGAAGAUGACGGAGCCGCGGACGAUAGCGAUGAGCGGAUGGACCGCAGCACCCCCAUGCCCAUGACCCCCUACACACGCCAGGAUCUGGAGGAGCGCAUCAUCCGCAGUGCCGCGCCCACACCCGACACCGCGCAUCCUAGCCGCAUGCGAAAUAUCUGGGGCGCCUUGCACAAGAACGACGAGGACAUGGAUGAGGAGAUGGACGGUGCAGACGAGGAAGACGAUGAUGAGAACGGACAGGCCUCUGCAGCCGCUGGUCCCAGAGAUGCGGGCGAUUUCCAAUCUUGGUUCUGGGAGAACAGAGGCGAUCUGAAUAGGUCAUGGAUGAAGAGGAGGAAAAUGGCGGCAAAGGAGAAGAGGCAUCGGGAGAAUAAGACAAGAGCAUCAAAAGCCGUAUAG